GUUGUAUAAAAGUCCGCAGUGGAACCCUCAGUUCCUCAGUUCACUCAUUGCAAUCAUAUUUUUGGUAAUCAGGAGAAGAAAAGCUAAGGCAAAUUGUCAACAUGAAAGCAGUGUUUGGAGUUGUUUUCCUUGUAGCCUUGACCCAGGCUUCCCCAUUGCUGUUGAGGCCGACGGUCAACCGACCAGAGGUCAUCAGACCAGCACCAAGGCCAUGCGUGGUCAUUGAAAGCAAGCCAACCGGAGAACAAAUCGUCAACGAAGAUGGCCCUCUUCGCCCAGCUGACUUGCUAGAGAUGGCCGAACAGCAGCAAGGAUUCGGAGGCUCUGGAAACAGCGCUGACUUCAAGCCCGCUGUCAUCUUCCCUUGGUUGAAGCCAGCUGAGAAGCCAACCGUUUUGUUGCCAGAAGACCGUCCAUUGAGACCAUCUGACUUGCUGCCAACUCAGAACAGGCCACAAAUCUCGCCAGUUGGUCCAGCUGGAAAGCCAAUCGUUCAGCUGCCAAAUGACCGUCCAUUGAGGCCAACUGACUUGUUGCCAAGCCAAGAACGACCUGCUGUUUUGCCAGUUGCUGAGAAGCCUGUGUUUGUCCUGCCCAAUGACAGACCAUUGAGGCCAAGUGACUUGUUGCCAGCCCAGGAGAAGCCAUCUUUGAGGCCAGUGCCAAUCAACCAACAGCUUGGUGGUGGUCCAGACCAGUUCAUCCAGGUCAGACCAGUUGAAGAGAAGCCAGUCUUUGUCUUGCCCAAUGACAGACCAUUGAGGCCAAGUGACUUGUUGCCAGCCCAGGAGAAGCCAGUCUUGAGGCCAGUGCCAAUCAACCAACAGCUUGGUGGUGGUCCAGACCAAUUCAUUCAAGUCAGACCAGUUGAAGAAAAGCCAGUCUUGAGGCCAGUGCCAAUCAACCAACAACUGGGUGGUGGUCCAGACCAAUUCAUCCAAGUCAGACCAGUUGCACCAGUUGAAGAACAGCCAGCUUUGAGGCCAGUGCCAAUCAACCAACAACUUGGUGGUGGUCCAGACCAAUUCAUCCAAGUCAGACCAGUUGCACCAGUUGAAGAACAGCCAGCUUUGAGGCCAGUCCCAAUCAAUCAACAACUUGGUGGUGGACCAGACCAGUUCAUCCAGGUCAGACCAGUUGCACCAGUUGAAGAGAAGCCAGUUUUUGUCCUGCCAAAUGACCGUCCAUUGAGGCCGUCUGACUUGCUUCCGCAGGUUGAGAACAACAAGCGCCCUCUGCCAGCUGACAUCAUCUUCUGA